AUAUCCGUCACAUGACAAAUAACUUGCAGUUGCUGGUUUUACAGAUGUGGUGAAUCUCAGCAUGUCGAGAAAACACACUGUAUGUGGAGUGUGUGAAUACCGCAAUAUCAACAAAUCAUCGGUGGUCUGGUGUUCCGAAUGCGCGGAAGGACUUUGUGACGAGUGUAAAGAGCAUCAUGCAGCUUCAAAGAGUUCAAGAGACCACAAUAUUCUUCCAAUCUCCGAGUACCAGAAAUUACCUACCAACAUAUUGGAAAUUACUCAAACUUGUCCAAAGCAUAAUGAAAAAUACCAAAUAUACUGCAAGAAACACGAUUGUCCAUGUUGUAGACGUUGUGUUGUUGAAACGCAUGAUGAUUGCAAAGAGCUAAACGCUAUUGAUGACGUCAUAAAAACGGUUAAAUCAUCGAACGCAUUCUUGGAAAUAGAACAUACAUUAUUGGAACUUUCAGACAAUUUACAGACAUUAAGAAAAGAUCAACAAAAGAACAUUACAAGUCUAAAGGAGAACAAGUCCAAAAUAGAAAAAGAGAUUCAGCAGACACGAUUAAUGAUCAACAACCAUCUGGAUAAACUGCAGGAAAGUCUGAUGAAUGAGUUGUAUGCAGCUGAGGAAAAGGAAAACACGAAAAUAAGUUGUUUUAUAUCAUCCAUACAAGAGAAAGAAAUGGAAAUUACAGAAUGCCAGACUAAUUUAGAUAAAUUAAAACAACAUGCAUCAGACCUCCAAACUUUCUUGGCUAUGAAACACAUCCAACAAGAUGUAAAAAAUAACGAACAAUUCCUAGAAUCGUUUUUGAAAGAAGAUAAAUUGAAUCAUGUUAUCAUUUCUUUUGAAAAAGAAAACACCUUUAAAACUCUACCUACCAUUCUACCCAAGAUGGGAACCAUAAUCUUAGAUACCAGGCCAAGUGAUACCACACUAACAAGACAGAAGAACAAACAAGCACAGAUAAUGGUACCCAUGACGCCUGUUGCUUCAAUUGAUGAUAUUCGACUUACUUUAACACAGACCGUGGAAACAACUGGCGAGGAUAUAACUGGUUGUUCCUUACUACCUGAUGGAAGAAUGAUUUUUACUUGCUACACAAGUAAUAAAAUCUACGUCAUCAAAAACGACGGGUCAUCAGAUUUUAUAUUGCAGCCAGGAGAGCGUACAUCUCAUGUACACUUCAUGGAAGACGGUCAGAAACUUGUUGUUACAUCUGGCUUGAACAAGUCUAUUACGAUAAUCGAUAUGAAAAACAGAAAAGCUGAAAAAUCUAUUCCAGUAGGGCCACAAAUUUAUGGUAUAACUCACAACGACGGAAAAUUGUUCUAUAAUGGAUUUGAGGGUGGAUUAUGUGUUGUAAAUUUAGAUGACGACUCAGUUACACAGCUAGUAAAUGCUAAUUUGUCUCAAUGUAGCGGCAUAGCAAUAUGGUCAGAUCAAAUUUAUCAUAUAAACAUUAAUGAUUCAGUUACAUGCCGUAAUCUUCAAGGAAAACUUAAAUGGAAAACAGAAUCAUUAUUAUCUCUCAAAUGUGCACGCGGUAUUGCGGUAGACAAUCACGGACGUGUGUACGUAUCCGGCUAUCAUUCUAACAAUGUCGUUGUAAUUUCACCAGCCGGAAACAAACACAAAGUAUUGCUGUCAGCGAAAAAUGGUCUUAAAGGACCACAAGCUCUGUUCUUUGAUCGAAAAAAUAACAAGUUACUAAUUUCGAACAAAGAGAAGUUGGCAUUUCUUUAUUCUUUACAAUAGAGUAAGUUUGAAUGUGUUUAAAGACGGUCUUUUAUAUGGGAUAAUGAUGUGUGUUCAAAUGCUUGAAAUUAUGGAAAGAAAAAAUCCAAAGAAAUUCUGAAGACCGAAGACUGAAAAUGCACACACAAAUAUGUUUGAAAAAUUUCAGGAUCAUUUUAUAAACUAAACGUCAUAUAACUAUGGCACGGACAUGGUACAUCGGUACAGAAACUUAACCAGAUGUACAUGAAAAACUAGACAUUACUUUUAUAGAAACUGAAUUAGAAAAAGAGAUUUAACAAAUACGACUGAAAUAUGAUAAUGUCACGAUUGAAUAUUUGAAUGCUGUAGAAAAAGCUGUACCCUUUCAAUAUUGUGUAAAAUUUUUAAUAACAUUC